UGUGUAAGAAAAAUCUUGGCGUUUUCAACACUUGCAUGUUCAGUCUGUAGCCCUUGGAAGACUUUCAGGAACACGAUUAAUGAUUCGGGGCCAUAACUUUCCAGCAUAAGUAUAUAUCACAAGUUCCGGGAUCAUGUCUGCUCACAAAGUGUGGCUUAACACUGGGGCCAAUACUGUGUGCCAUCAGCAAGGGGACAGUCGUCGCUGCCGUCCGACGCCCGAAACCAUGACGAAGCUUCAAGCAGAGUACACUGAAGAUAGACUGCUCGUGGUCAAAGUCAAUGUAUCCAAACCGGAUGAAGUCAAUGCUGCGUUUGGUCAAGAAAUCAUUUAGACGAAUCGAUGCAGUGUAUAAUAAUACCGGGUACGCAAUCGUAGGAGAAGUGGAAGGGGUGCCGUUAGACUAACAAUUUCUGAGGUUCGGUAUAUGUUACACGUGCAGCACUUGCAUUUUCAAGUUUUCACGAGGUCAAUCA